UUUUAAUCUCUUCAGAGUCCUAAGCCCAUGGAAGGCCAAAACAAGAGUACUGGAUUUAUCCUUUUGGGAUUUUCUGGCAACCGAGAGGUGCAAACUUUGUUUUUUGUGUUGUUUUUGGCCAUGGACACCAUAUCACUGCUGGGGAAUGCAUUAAUAACUGUCAUUGUCAGGCUUGAUCCUGCCCUUCACACCCCCAUGUGCUCUUUCAUUGCCAGCCUAUCUUUGGUGGAUAUCUGCUACACCUCUGUCACAGCUCCUAAGAUGCUGGUGAACCUCGUCUCCAAAGACAAAGCCAUCUCCGUCAUUGGCUGUGCUGCUCAGCUGUACUUUCUCCUCUCCCUGGGUACCACGGAAUGCUUUCUUCUUGCUGCCAUGGCAUAUGACCGCUUCUUGGCCAUCUGCAAUCCAUUGCGUUACUCAGCCAUCAUGAGCAUGCAGUUGCGCACCUGCCUGGUGGCUGGCUCAUGGGCUAGCGGGAUGGUGCUUUCGCUUGCGCAGACCAGCCUGAUAUUUGCUCUUCCUUUUUGCGGGGACAACCAAAUCAAUUACUUCUUUUGUGACAUCCCUCCGCUCUUGCGACUCGCCUGUGGAGAUAUCUCUGUCAAUGAAAUCGCCGUCUUUAUGGCAGGGUUGCUAAUGACGCUGAUCCCAUCUCUGUUGAUUCUAGGCUCCUAUGUCCACAUAAUCACCACCAUCCUGAAAAUGACAUCAGCAAAGGGCAGGCAGAAAGCCUUCUCCACCUGCUCCUCACAUCUCAUCGUCAUCACUUUGUUCUAUGGGUCUGCCAGUGCCAUGUACCUGAGACCCCGAUCUAGCUACAUUCUUGAAAAUGACAAAUUUCUAGCACUGCUUUACUCCAUCGUUACCCCAACCCUGAAUCCCAUCAUCUACAGCUGGAGGAGCAAAGAGAUAAAGGAGGCUCUGAAGAGAAGGGUUGCUUCAAAAUGGCUCCUUUUCAACCUCUGA